UUGUGUCUAGAAGGAAGCCCCCAAACCGCGAAAUCCGAUCUGAGAUCUGCAAAAACUCUCGCGAGAUUUGCUGCCCGACGGCCCAUCCUAACUUUAACUAUUCCAGAUCAAUGCCCAACAUUAACAGUCUCGCGAGAGUUUCCCCGGUUUGGGGGCUACCCUCUAGCCUCUACCCAGAAAAGGCGUCACAGAGACCCCUAGCGGUCUUUCAGGAGACCGAAGAGGACAGUCAGUAUUCAGCUAGCUGAAGCUUUCUGCUGCAGGUAGUGGGUGUCCAUCAGCGCUCUCAAGUGUGCUCCUGAGGUGUCCAUAAGAUGCUGGAUGUCUGCCUGCUGACUCACAGUAAACCUCUUCAGGUGGUGGUGAGCUCUGUGGAUGUUUUCCGACCCUCCAACCCUCUGGAGCUGGCCAAGAGCUUCGCGGGAGCCAAGGAGCUGGGCAAGAUGCUGGUGGACUGUUCUACAGACUCUGAUGGCUGUGCAGUGGACAGAGCCGGAGCCUGGUGUGAAAUGAUCGACACCAUCUACCACAGAUUGAGUCCCCAGCUGUCUCAGGAGGUGAUGCUGGAUGAGGUGAGUGACGCGGUCCUGGUGGACAUGCUGUGGGAGACCCAGAUGUACCUGUACGAGAAGAGGGAAAACCUGCAGUCUCUGGCAAAGGUGCUGCUGAACAAAUGAAAGCACCAGAAACAUCACACGGAGGAGGAGGCUGCGAAGAGCAGAGGAGAUGGAGAAUAUGGAAGCUGACGGCAGAGACCCGUGAGCGGAGUCAAAAGAUGAGCGAGCCAUGUGAUUCAAGAUUGUAACGUCUGUGUUGGUGUGCUCUUUCUUUCAAACUCCUUGACCGCAAUGACUCUCAUAUUUACGCUGAAAUGUCAGGAGCAAAUGUGUGAAUCAAGAUUAACGUAGCCUACUGAACAGCAAGUUAUGUAGCAUCAUGCGACCGUAUCACUGACCUUAUCAUCACUAUAAUGGUUCAUUAAGUUUGUACAUAAACCGGUGAAGGAGAGCGUGACGUUUUCUCAUCUUUGAUGUGUGAAUACAGAGGAAAUGUAGGAGGAAGUGGUGGUAUCAAACUCAAAGUAGCACACACUGACUGCUAACUGUCAACCCCUCCACCCCCCCUCUCUCUCUCUCUUUAGUGUUGGGUUACAACUCUUAUUGUUUGUGAUUAAACUGUAACACUCCUCCUCAUUCCUCCUCCUCUUGUUCCUCUUUUUAACCCACGUAAAUACUAAGAAACUCAUUAUACAGACAUGUCAUAUAAGGCCAUAUGAUCAAGGGGACCUUGCAGUACUAUUACACCAUAUGCAGUGUACAUGUACUGUAGCACAGUGUGGAUGGUGGUGACGAUGAACCAGCUCUGCCUUAUAUGUCAGGGACCCACAUUUGUACCAUUUCCUUUCUUUUCUCCACAACACAUUUCCAGGUCUUUACUAUACAAGUUAUUUAUACUGACUUUAAACACAAUACGCCCACAAAUAACUUGCUUGCUCACUGUUACAACCUCUCAGUCUACUGUGUCUUGAGCGCAUAUUUAACACGUACUGGACUUAAAACUAGACUUGAAGAUUCAAUUUACUUGAAAGAGAAAGAAACAGAAGACCCACUGCUACUUGCACAACAAAUGAUUUCCUAUGUUUUUUUGUAUUUGGAUUAAUUACUGAAGUGUAUACUUGUAUGGUAAUACAAUAUAUUAAUAUGGACUUAAGUUGCUGUUUUGUUUCUUUGUUAUAAGAUAAAAUAAGAUAAUCCUUUAUUAGUCCCACAGCGGGGAAAUCUGCAGGAUUACAGCAGCAAACGGGGACAGUCCAAACAACAAGAGGCAUCUGUAA